AUGUCUCCAUUCAGCCCAUCCUUGGCCGCGAAGAUGAUCCAGGUGUCACAAUACCACUUCUGCUGCAUGUACGCUGUAUGUAUCUGGGACUGGAUCGUUAGUAUCCCGGACGAGCGGCGAUACAUAUGGAAAGCACAGUGGACUGUCGUCAAAGGUCUAUAUCUCUUCACGCGUUACUAUGUUCUCGCCGUCAUGCCUUACAUACUGUGGGAGUUCUGCACCAAUCACGAGUGGAGCUUUUGUAGCUGGGCAUACAAAAUCCCUGUAAUCUUGGCAACACCCAAUCAGUUCGGAGCAGAAGGUAUUCUUCUCAUCCGCACGUACGCCUUCUUUGGUAGAGACAAGAGGCUCCUGGCGGCACUGAUCUGCAUGAUGCUCGGCCUGCUGUCUUAUCAGAUUUAUGUAGCAACGUCAGCCAUGAUACCACUUCCCUUCCUUGGAAAUACUGGCCCCUGUUUGCCGAGAUCCAUACCUGGCCAGGCUCAGAUCCUUGGUUACUUCGUUGCACCGCUUUCAUUCGAUACCAUCAUUACCGUCAUCACGCUGGUCAAGACCUUGUCAAUGCGUCAACGCGGCGGUUCGGCCAGUCAAACUAUCCAGGUGUUCUUGAAGGAGGGCUUUUUCUACUACUUCUUUAUCUCCGGCGCCAACCUGAUGAACGGUAUCUUCUACUUCCAACCACACUCGGAGAUGUCUGCGAUCAUGAUCCCGUUGAGCAUCAUGUUAAGCCCCAUCCUGGCUUGCCGGAUGAUCAUAGACAUUCGUGCUCGCGCCGACUCGCACAACUUUUUCCCGACCAAUGAUCAAUACCCAACGGCCCGUCAUCCAGCGCCAGUGCUCUUUGGCGCUCAUCCUGACCCCAUUCCCACCAGUCCCGCUACCGCCGGAGCCGAAGAGAACGUCUUUACCACACAGGUUAACGAGCUAAGCGCGGUCUCGAAUUCUGAUGACAAGCGUUCUGUCGUCCUCACUACCACCUACCUCGCUGGACAGCUCUCCUGUGAGCGCUCGUUUCCUGAUGAGAGCGUCUAUGUUGACGCGGAGAAGGCCGUGGCUAUAUAG